CCAUGAAGAUUUCGAACCUGAUCCUUGAGGACAGUGGGCAUUACCGAGCUCAAGCCAGGUUAACGGAAGGAAGAGAAGUUUUGCAGUUUUUCCACCUUACUGUCUAUGAUCCCGUGCCCCAUCCGCACAUCCUGGCUCUGUCACCAUCCAUCGCAGCAGGCUGGUGCAACGUCACCUUGGAGUGCAGGGCCCCAGGGGCCACAAGGGACCUGAACGUGACCUGGGAGAGCAGGGGCCUCCCUCUGGAGCUGGGGCAGAGAGGGACACCAGGACCAGCCCUUGAUUCCUGGACCCUGGCUGAAAGCCUACCCCUGAGUCAGCCCAAUGCCAGCUUCACCUGUGUGAUCAGCAAUCCCAUGGACCAGAAAUCUGUCACCAGAGAUGUUGGGGACAUCUGUGCCCAAGUGAUCCCCUCUGUCCCACAUGGAUGGGACAUGGCUAGACUGCUGCCAGACAUGCUAAGGGCUACUGUGGUUUUGAUGUUGACCCUGGGACUUAUAUCAUACCUUUGGAAGACAUGUGGCAAAAAGAAGAAGAAGACGGAAACAGAACGAGGUGUCCACUUGCAGGAGGACCAGAGAGUUGAGGAUGGUGGCAUCCACUAUGAAGAGCUCAUAGAACAGGAGUCUCAGCUGGGUAAGAAUAAUGCUGGAGCCACUGGCCAUCCAGGCUACUUCCAGGUCCCUCACUGCCCAGGCCUGGGCUUCCAAAUCCAGGCAUCUGCUCUCUGACCCAGCUGCCAGUUCAUGUGUUUCUCGACAAUCAACACCAUUUACUAACAAAGAUUUGUAAUUGGUGUCAAUGCAAAGCUUUGCACUUUGGAAAUUUUAUAAAAAGAGCAUGUCAGUGGGCACUGGCUCUGCAGGUCCCUCUCAGGCCACUUUAUCCCUCAGCUGCUCCAGGACCCCUCUGUCUUUCAUUCCAGGGCCUUGGUGAACUACAUGUGGAAGAAAAGGGGCCUAUGGCUACCGUCUACAGUGAUGUCUGUAACUCAGGCCGGGCCAUGAAUAUCAUUUAAUAGGAGGAAGCAGGAGGAUCGGCACCACCGGGACACGUGUGCUCUGAGCCUGAAGCCUGCAGACACCUGCCUCUGCCAGCUGCAGCUCAGCUCCAGCUGCCUCUGGUCUAUCUUAGCCUGACUUUGUGGCCAUAAGCUCUAUGGGUACUCAUGGCCUGGUUACGUUCUGAGACCUCCCAAAAAUGUCCUCACAAUCAGGAUUCUCACCCCUGCCAGGUAAGGGCUCUUGGUCUGUCAUUCAGAGGGAUUCUGACACUUCUUCAAAACCUUCCCAAGGGGACCCUGUCUGAUUGUGUAGCUAGCAAAUCCCUAUCACUUCUGCUGUGUCGCUCGUGUGUGUAAUUCUGAGAACAGAAGGCUAGAUGUGGGAGCUGUGCAGACGUGUUGACUAUGCUGCAGAGGAGGAGUCAGGACCCGGGUUUGACCAGCUGAGUUGGGGUCAAAGGAGGCAGAAUGAGUGGGUGGAAGCCUGCAAAGGGAUUGGCCUAAGGCUUCCUUUGCGGAUCUCACGUGGACCUCCUUUGGUGUGUUGAGCAGUGUGUUGGUGUGUGUUGGUGUGCAUGUGCACGUUGUGGGGAGUGUGCAGGGCACAGUAUGCAAGUCCACCAAGGACGCCUUCCUUUUCUCCUUUGCUAAGCUGGACCUGAGCCUCAGCCUUCGCCCGUGGACCCAAACUUAUCUUCCUGUGGAGUGGAAAGAAAAAUUCCUAUGAUCUCAAGCCCUUCCCAGCCUUCUGUUUCUCAGAGAAUGACCCUUAGGGGCAAAAGUUGGGGAUUGUCUUAGGAAAACAGCCUCAGGUCUUCCCCUGGCCUGGCGUAGGGGCAGUUGGUAGCAAGAACGAUGUGCAGUGUCCCCCAGCCCCUUGGUGUGAUCAGGGGGGAGGCUCUGACCGUGAAGCUAGUGGGAAGGUCUGACUCAGUGUGUCCAGCCUCUGCUUAUACCGACCCUCAGGCCCCUGUAGUCACGCUGUCUCUGUACCCUACAUCAGUCUCUUCCUCUCUCACCUGCAUCCCUGUCCCUGAGAUGAUGGUUACUCUCCCUGUUCCUCACCCUCACCUGUGCCUGUU